CCGCCACCCCUCCCGAAAUAUCCCUCCCCCUCCCGCCACCCCUCACCUCUCACCCUCUCUCUCUCUCUGGCGACCAUGGCGACCGAAGCCUAGGUCUUCCCUGCCGCCGGCCGCGCCCCUGGUCCAUCUCGCCGCCGGCCUGCUACCCCGGUGUACCUCGCCGCCGCACGCGAACUUUUAGGGUUUAUGGGUUGGAAUUAGAUUCAACUUUAGUUAAUUUGGUCUGUUAUUAUCCCAGAAGCUGCAAUGGCGGAAAUUGAAAAGCUGAAUAUCCAGAAAGCUACAUCAAGUGAUUACUGGAGUUUGGCCAGCAACCUGUAUCCAUCUGGUAAAUUUCCUAAGGUAUCAAUUGGCAUCCCAAUUCCAAGGCCAGGUUCUGUAUCAAGAAGCAGAGAUGCUGCUACUGUCCCUGCAUUCGAGAGGAACCCGUCUCAGGGAACUGAUGGAAGAUCUAGACCCCUGAAAGGUUAUAGUGCUUCAUUCCGGGUCUCACAAGAAGCUGCAGACCAUGGCGGAUCUGCUACAGAGGCACCCGAAGCCGCCCCUGUUAAGGCUUCUCUAUCACAACCUGAUGACCAUGCACGUGAGCAAACCGGAACCUUUUCCUUUGGAACAAGAAAAGAACAAGACAGCCAGCUUGACCAACUGCAAGAGACGCCCUUCGUGAAUUCACAAGGAAAGCGCCAAGUGGAAUCUGCAGAUAAAACCAAACCCAACAGCGAAGUUCUCAGGAUGAAGCUGUGGGAGAUCCUUGGUACAUCACAAACCAAGCAGACUGUUGCUUCACCAAACCCUGAAGACAAUGAGACACCUAACCAACCUAAAAGUUUAACUGCCAAUGGACCAUCUUCAGGGAACAAGAAGGUCUACACAUCACCUUUUCCUGAUAAUAUCAAGACACCUGAUCUGCUGAACUGUCAAACAGCUACCUAUGCAAAGAGUAAACCAUCCUCUGAUCCAAUUGAGUCAGAUUCGGGUACUCCACAAGUAGUUGAAAUAAGGCCUGUUACUCGCACCUUGGGUCGCAAGAAAGCACCAGCAGCCUCCAAGAAGCAGGAUAAGAGCCAGAGUGCAAAGAAACCGUUGUCUACUUCAUGUUCUGCACCCAAAAAGAAAACACUGGACAAUGUAUUUAUUUUUGAUGAGAAAUGCACAUCCAAAACUGCGGGGAAAUCUGCAAUUGGUAACUCUGGCUGCUUGAGAAAUCUUAGAAGCUCAAAUAGGAAGGCUAAAGUAGAGCUUAAGAAGGUCCAUUGUUCUGACAUGAUUUCUGACAAGAUCACACCGGAUGAUAGGGGAGGACAGCUAUCUUCUAGAAAUGCACCAUCAGAGAAUAAAGGAGAGAAAACCACCUCCUUUUCUUCUUUGUCACGAACUGGGAAAACUGCUGAGAGCUGUUCUAGAAGCCCUACAAGGGAGAAACGGAUGAAUGGAAUGGCUAAAGUUGGGCCUCAGAAGAUGCAGUUUUCAGAAAAGUUGCUGCCCACGACACUGAAUGCAGAUGAAGAUAAGCUCUCUUCUCAGAAUAUUUCAUCAAAGAGCAAGGAAAAUUAUUCUUCAUUGCUGCACCGCAAGGAGAAUGCUAAUUUGAGCAAAGCUUCAGACAGAAGCCCCCAGGCACAUAAAGCAGCGGGAAAUAAUUUUAACUCGCCACCAUCUGGUACUGCUAGUGCAUCACCUGAACCGAAAAUGUACCCAUGGGACAAUGAGGCAAAUCCCCAGGUAAAUUGUAAACUCGGAGAGAAGUUUGCCAGUCCAUUGGCAGACAGAUUCAGAGACAUGCGAGAUGACUUUGUGAGUCCUACUUUUGCAACUAAUGUAAAUGGCUACCGCGAUGGAAGUGAAAUGCUACAUGAUGACACAUACAGCCCCAAGUAUCCAAAAAGUAACAGGUCAAGAUCAAGUUCCUAUGCUUCUGAUCCAGGGUCUGAGCCAUUGGACGGGAUGGAUAAAACCGAUGAGUUACGUAACAGUGGAUCUCCUAAUUCUCCAGAAGAAAGCGAGGACAAAAAACAACCAAUUCUUUCACCCAUUCCGCGAACUGAAGAUGAAAUGGCUCAAAUUUCUAUUCCAAGCUUUGGGAAAGGAUAUAAAUCUCGCAAAUGGCUUUCAGAUGUAGACAGCCCUGAUAGAUCUCCUCCAGAAAAUCUGGAUAGGAAAUCACAUCUAAAAGAGGUUCAUUCAGGAACACAAGAAACUAUAAUGUCAGACAAAGAACCAGUGCAAUGCCCAGAUGACUACCUAACCAGGGCUUUUGAUCAGUUACUGGUGGUGCUGGGAAGGUUUCAAACCAAGAUCAAGUCUGAAACAAGAAACAAAAGUUCUCAGAUACUGGCAGGUACUGGAGAGAUAAUACGCCAGCACCUCGAGGGAGUUGAGGUGCAGAUGCAGGAUGAUGUGGAUAAGCUGGUCAAUGCAGGGAAAUCUAAAAGAAAGCGACUAGAAUCAACAUUUGAAGAGCAACAAGAACUGUUAAGGGUUCUUCAUGAGAAGUUUAAGGAGGAGGUUAAUCAGCAGUUGCUUGGUUGCAAGAACUCUCUUGAGGAAUUUGAAGCCUAUCAUGCAGAGCUGAAGGGAGUAGCUGACAAGCAAAAAGCAUCACACAAGAAGCUCCUCCAACAUGCUGAGAGAACAGUUGCUUCUCAGCUCAACGAUGCUGAAAUCAAAAUCUCGGAGGUUCAGAAGAGAGCCCGGAAGAAGAUGAAUGGCCUAAAACACGUGCUCAAGGAGCUCAUCACCGAAACUGCAGAUUGAUCAAGUUAACCUCGCUACACAAGUAGAUAGAUAGCUAAGGCGAAACCAGUAGGGCACCACGUCACAAACAGGUCCACGGCUCCAUUUUACAAAGGGUAUAGAAGGACGGUGCCAGAACGCAUUUAGAGUUCUUUUGCUUACAGUUGCAGUUUGAACUAUGCCUUAGUACGAGCCUAUAUCCGUAAUUCUCCGUAGCAUCGUUUGACCUUCUCUACUAUUUUGAGUCGGUGACUCACUAACUUACCACCCAUUCAGGUGCGCACUAGUGUCUUAAACCAUGACGCAUUUCUUCAAUGAAUCGUGUCCUGACUCGAGUAAUGUAAUGAUCCAGUACAAAAUCAAUCGCAGAUGCUUAAGUUGAAUUUGCUGCCAUGUGAAUGCGAUAAUUAAA